AUUGCACAAGCGAGGAGUCGCACACCCAGACCGCAGGUUUCUUCUCCCUGUGUAACAACCCACCCUCGUCGCGCGGUCCCGCCUGUCCCCGCGCGGUGCCCUCCUCCCGCCACACACACACACACACACACACACACACACACGCACGCACACACACACACACGCAGGCACACACGCAAGCGCGUGCAGGGCCAAGUCGAAGGCAGCUCCCCCACAGCCAGCACUCGGAGGAGACCUGCGGCAGUCUAGCAGAGCCGAUGGCAUCUCCCGGCUCCGGUUUUUGGUCUUUCGGGUCCGAAGAUGGCUCCGGGGAUCCCGAGAACCCGGGCACAGCCAGAGCCUGGUGUCAGGUGGCUCAGAAGUUCACCGGCGGCAUCGGAAACAAGCUGUGCGCCCUACUUUAUGGAGACUCUGAGAAACCGGCCGAGAGCGGCGGGACUGUGCCCCCUCGGGCCGCCACCCGAAAGGUCGCCUGCACCUGCGACCAGAAGCCCUGCAGUUGCCCCAAGCCGGACGUCAACUAUGCGUUUUUGCACGCAACAGACCUGCUGCCCGCCUGUGAUGGAGAAAGACACACUCUAGCAUUCCUACAAGAAGUUAUGAACAUUUUGCUUCAGUAUGUGGUGAAAAGUUUCGAUAGAACAACUAAAGUGAUUGAUUUCCAUUAUCCUAACGAGCUUCUUCAAGAGUAUAAUUGGGAAUUGGCAGACCAACCACAAAAUUUGGAGGAAAUUUUGACGAAUUGCCAAACAACUCUAAAAUAUGCAAUUAAAACAGGGCAUCCCAGAUAUUUUAAUCAACUCUCCACUGGACUGGAUAUGGUUGGAUUGGCAGCAGACUGGCUGACAUCAACAGCAAACACUAACAUGUUCACCUAUGAGAUUGCUCCAGUAUUUGUGCUUUUGGAAUAUGUCACAUUAAAGAAAAUGAGAGAGAUCGUUGGCUGGCCAGGGGGCUCUGGAGAUGGGAUAUUUUCUCCUGGGGGCGCCAUUUCCAACAUGUACGCCAUGCUUAUUGCACGCUACAAGAUGUUUCCAGAAGUCAAGGAAAAAGGAAUGGCUGCCGUUCCCAGGCUCAUCGCCUUCACAUCAGAGCAUAGUCAUUUUUCUCUGAAGAAGGGAGCUGCAGCCUUAGGGAUCGGGACAGACAGUGUGAUUCUGAUUAAAUGUGAUGAGAGAGGGAAAAUGAUUCCAUCUGAUCUUGAAAGAAGAAUCCUUGAAGUCAAACAGAAAGGUUUUGUUCCUUUCCUUGUGAGUGCCACAGCUGGAACCACUGUGUAUGGAGCAUUUGAUCCCCUCUUGGCGGUUGCUGAUAUUUGCAGAAAGUAUAAGAUCUGGAUGCAUGUGGAUGCCGCUUGGGGUGGAGGAUUACUGAUGUCUCAGAAGCACAAGUGGAAGCUGAGUGGCGUGGAGAGGGCCAACUCUGUGACAUGGAAUCCACACAAGAUGAUGGGUGUCCCUUUGCAGUGCUCAGCUCUCCUGGUUAGAGAAGAGGGACUGAUGCAGAGUUGCAACCAGAUGCAUGCUUCCUACCUCUUUCAGCAAGAUAAACACUACGACCUGUCCUACGACACGGGAGACAAGGCCUUGCAGUGUGGACGCCACGUCGAUGUCUUUAAAUUAUGGCUGAUGUGGCGAGCAAAGGGGACUACUGGGUUUGAAGCACAUAUUGACAAGUGUUUGGAGCUGGCGGAGUAUCUAUAUAAUAUCAUUAAAAACCGAGAGGGAUAUGAAAUGGUGUUUGAUGGGAAGCCUCAGCACACAAACGUCUGCUUCUGGUAUGUGCCUCCCAGUCUGCGCACUCUGGAAGACAACGAAGAGAGAAUGAGCCGCCUCUCUAAAGUGGCACCAGUGAUCAAAGCCAGAAUGAUGGAGCAGGGGACCACAAUGGUCAGCUACCAACCCCUGGGAGACAAAGUCAAUUUCUUCCGCAUGGUCAUCUCAAACCCUGCAGCAACUCACCAAGACAUUGACUUCCUGAUUGAAGAAAUAGAACGUCUGGGACAAGACUUAUAAUCACCUAGCUCAUCAAGCUGUUCCAAUUCUCUAGGUAGACAAUUAAGUUGUCACAAACUGUGUAAAUGUAUUUGUAGUUUGUUCCAAAGUAACUCUAUUUCUACAUUGUGGUGUCAAAGUAGAGUACAGUUUAAAGAUCAAAAAGCAUCGCUCCUUUUAAAAUCCUUUCUUAAGUUUAGAAUACCUCUCAAUAGUGACAAAAGGCUGUGUUCUAAUCAAUAAGGAAAAGCUUAUAAUUGUUAUAAAUACUUCCCUUUUAAUAGAGUGUGCAAAUUAAAGUUUAUUUUCACUUCAGAGCAGUAGAAUUGAAUAGUGCCAAAUCACCCCGGAAUCAUAAAAGGUUCUCUGGGGUGCAGUGAAAAGGACAAAGUAUAUAUAAAAUGUACGCUGACGAUAAAAUCUCUUGCCUUUUUCAUAGUAUUAGAAAAAAAUUUCUAAUUUACCUAUAGCAACAUUUCAAAUGUAUUUAAAUACAUAUAAUUUUACAAAAGGAAAAUAUAUAUAUUAAAAGAAAUCCUAUUUUGUAACAUAUAGAUUUUUAUUUUAUAUGGGUUAAAUAAACUGCAGGGCCAGAUAUAAAACCUAAGCCAGAUUUCUUUUUCUUUCUCUUUCUUUCAAUGGAGGCACAAUAAAACACUUCAGCAAGGUAAUUUUAACACAUAUGCCCACAAAUCUCUUUGAAAGUGUGAUGAUUUCUCUCAGUAUAUAUUCUGACUUAUCACAUCUCUAAAGGUAGUAUUUCAAAGCAAACACACAAAAAAACACUGCAGCUUCUAAAAAUGAGUGAUCAGAUCCUCUUCCCAUUUAGGUUUUUCACUAGUUUUCCCUUAGCAGAUCCACUUGUUAUGCACAACAAACCCAGCAUUGCCCUAGAUGAAAUUUGGGUACAUUUAUCUAUUCUGCUUUCCCCUUCAGCCUGUUUUGAACAGAAGGUUGUUGUUGGUUCUUGAAGCAUCUUCUUAGACCAUAUUCCUUUAUUAGAUCAUUUGGACUAGUUAGAAAAAAAUACAAAUAAAAUCUAAUCAGCCCUAGCAAAGGGAAAUGUAGCCAUCCCCAAAAUGCAGUGAACCAGAACAUUGAACUCGGCCAUGGGAGCUGAGACCUCUGUGAGACAAUAGCUUCAUCCUGAAUGCAGUGUUGCUGCUGUCUGGGGAAAGCAUCACUUGCCUCCAGGAUCUUCCAUUCCUUCUCCACCCUACACCCAAAAGUCUCUCCUACUAGAUUCCCUAUUACUGAACCCAAAUAAUGAACUAUUCCAUUUGGCUAUUUUCCUUUCCUGAAAUGAAUUCCUCAUGCUAGUAGAGUUAGAGAUAGCCUAAGAACUUCUUUUAUCUGUCUCCCAUCAAAAUCUACUAUGACCACAAUAUGCAGAGAUUGCUAAAGUUCAAAAUAUUUAAAAAACACAUUUCAUUCUCUGCAAACCUGAUGGAGACAAAUGAGCUAUCCACAGCGCCCAUGAUAUCCCUGGAGUCACAAAUGACAGAGCCAAGUGCUGGCACAAGAACUGCAGCCUUUUCAUGCAGAUGACAGGUACAGCUCUGAAAACAUGCUCUCAUUCUGUAUGGAUGGGCUUUUCACUACUCAGAAAGGCUACAGGCACACAAGAAGAGGGCCUCUUAACCACCUGGACUCUUCAUGAGCUUGCCCCAGGCCUUAGUUGUCUGGAUUGUGUACAAAUGUGUUGAUCCUUGGUAUGAAAAGGGCUUCAAACCCUUGCUGUCUAGAAAGCAAAUGGAUUCCCUGUGGCAGUGAAAAAGAAACUGCCUGCAGAUCUGUAUGAUGGAAUAGCAUCCCGUUUUAGGGCUUCUAGAUCUUGGCUGCAAAGAUUAAGCACACCAUUACUUCUCCAUCUUGAGGCCUCAAAGGUCUCAUUUCAAAGGAACAGACAUUUAUUAAACUGUCCUAUUUAAAGAAGGCAGGUGGGCCCAGUGUCCUCCAGAAAGGAUGUUUAGUCCUUGGGGGACAGAUUUGGUAGCUGGCUUUCAGUUUGAUGAGACAAAAUUGAAAAAGGAAACUUGCCUGCGUAUGAAAUUCCAGCAAAGUAAUUUUUACCAGUAAGUUAAAUCUCUAACCACUUCUUCUCCAGAUCCUUCUUCAAAUUUGCUAGGCACCUUGCUCAGACCUGUACAUGGAAAACUCUUCCCACCAUGGCCCAGAGGAGGCAAAUGCAAGCCUAACAGAGUCCAGUAAUUUAAGAAAUACUCUUUAACAUAGAUCUCGUGUCCACUCAAGAGAAGGGAAUGGAAGAAGCAAAGAACAAGGGAGAUUGUUGUGAAUAGUGGUCCAAAUUCCCAAUGCCAGGGGUCUUUAUGUACAAUCGUUAUUUUCUAAUUUUAGAAAUAUUGGUUUUAGCUUUAAUCAAAAUUAACGUGGUCACUUUCAUUUAUACAGCAAUAUUGCUUUUAUUAUUUAAAAUACUUGAAAAAAUGCAGUAUGUGUGUAUCUGAAAUCUCUAAAUGGUAUGGACUUCAUGUACAGGACGUGAGGAAAGAAAAGAAAACCAAUUGUGUGUGUGUGACUGUGUUGCCUUUAUUACAUUGAUAGUACUGUCUUGUCACCUCAGAUUGGGGUUGUGCACUUUAUAUCUGAAUUGUACAGUGUUACGAAUUCACACGUGUUGCUGUAAAAGCUUGCACAAUGUAUUAUUAGUAUGUCUUCUGUGUGGUAGCUCUAUUGAACUUUGAUACAUUUGCAUCUGUUCCUGUUCUCCCUCCUCUCCUUUGAUUUUCCCUCCCCUCUUCCUCUCCUUCUUACUGCUUCCCAGCUGUGUGCCCUUGACAUCAGCUCUAAUAGAGACCAUGCCCUCAGCUAAGCCCUAGCCUAAGAAAUCUCUUUAAGAAUAAUGUAAUUUCACACAAAAUGUCAGGUGAAUACUGCUUCAUCUCAGAGAGUAGAGAAACCAAUUAUGGAGUGUCACAAGCUGCCAACUUUGAGGAUGUUAACUCUGCUGGGACUUGGGAGUAGGUGUUACUCUCAGAACAUGGGAAAAGGAAGCACAGGUGUAAAUAUCACAGCCAGACAAAGAGUCAAGGAACCUCAAACCAGGUAUCAUCUUGCACGUGCUUUUCCAUUUUCAAGUGCUAAAUGCAAACACUGUGUAUUUAUUAGUUAUGUGUGCCAAAAACCUGUUUCCAAAUGGUGUUUGUGAAUAAUGUCAACAUUUUCUCAGCAUCCCUCCAUUACUAAAGACAGAAAAAAAAUUAAAAAUAUACAAACAUGUGGCAACCUCUUCUUACCAAGUGUAAACUUGUGUAUGAUCAAAGUAUUUUAUCUGUGUUGACUCUCUAAACCCAAAUAAAUGUGUAAAUGUG